UGGGUGUGUGGAGGACUCUGCCUCCGUGCAUGCCUUUGGCUUCGCUCUUUUUCUUCAUGCAUUUUGAAAGUGUGUCAACUUUCGAGCUUACAUUGCUACACACCAACGAUGCUCACGCUCGGAUUGAGGAGAAUAGUAGAGAGUCGGGUAAAUGUAGCCCAGGUAGUCCUUGUUUUGGCGGAGUGGCCAGGAGGUUCACAAAAAUAGCAGACAUCCGGAGCAAAGAACGGAAUGUGUUAUUGCUGGAUGCUGGCGAUCAGUUUCAGGGUACUGUCUGGUUCAACUACUACAAAGGGGAGGAAGCUGCGUAUUUCAUGAACAAGCUUGGAUAUGAUGCGAUGGCAUUUGGAAACCAUGAGUUUGACAAUGGAGUGGAGGGCCUGCUCUGCCCUUUUCUGCAGAAGGUGAACUUCACUGUUCUCAGUGCCAACAUCAAGGCAGAUGCAACACUCGCCCCAACUAUCAAUGGUUACUAUCAACCCUACACAACAUUCACGAUGGGCUCUGAAAUAGUGGCUGUGGUAGGUUACACCUCAGUGGAAACUCCAGUCUUAUCCUUACCAGGUCCACACCUGAUCUUUGAGAAUGAGAUCAAAGCCUUGCAGGUCCAGGUGGAUAAACUGAUCACUCUUGGUUACAAUAAGAUCAUCGCACUUGGUCACUCUGGAUUUGACGUGGAUAUAGACAUCGCCAAGCGAGUGAAAGGCGUGGACCUGGUCAUCGGAGGACACACCAACACUUUCCUCUACACAGGGAGUGUCCCAUCUUCAGAGGUGCCGACGGGUCCCUACCCCUUCAUGGUGAGGUCUGAGGACGGGAGAGAUGUCCCUGUGGUACAGGCUUUUGCCUUUGGGAAGUACCUGGGAUACCUCAAGUUGGUCUUCGAUAAAGCCGGGAACGUGGUGAAGGCGAAUGGAAACCCCAUCCUGCUGGACAGCAGCAUAGCCCAGGAUCCAGGUAUCCUUGCUGAUGUUGACGAGUGGAAGAAGAACUUGGCCCAGUACUCGUCUCAGUACGUGGGGAAAACCCUGGUGUAUCUCAAUGGAACCUUUAAUGAGUGCCGGUUCCGAGAGUGCAACCUGGGGAACCUCAUCUGUGACGCAAUGAUUCAUCACAAUAUCAAGUAUGCAGAUGAGAUCCAGUGGAAUCACGUCAGUUUAUGCAUCCUGAACAGUGGAGGCAUAAGGACAGGAAUUGAUGAAAGUCACAAAAAUGGCACCAUCACCAUGGAGGAAGUUAUAUCAGUCUUACCAUUCGGAGGCACUUUUGAUCUGGUGCAGUUGAAGGGAUCAACCUUGAAAAAGGCAUUUGAAAACUCUGUCCGAAGAUACGGGAGCAGCAGAGGAGAAUUUCUUCAAGUUUCAGGAAUCCAUGUUGAAUACGACCUGUCACGGUCGGUGGGGGACCGUGUGACGUCCUUGAGCCUCCGCUGCUCUCAGUGCCGUGUGCCCAGAUACGAAUCCCUGGAUCCAGACAGGCUGUACAAGCUGGUCCUACCAUCCUACAUUGCAGACGGAGGAGAUGGUUUUACCAUGAUCAAGGAGGAGAAACUGAAACAUGACACUGGUGAUCUGGACAUCUCGGUUUUCGCCAACUACAUCAAGGAGAUGAAGAGGGUGUACCCAACUGUGGAGGGCCGCAUCAAGUUCAGAAACUCAUCCGUGGCGGCUGGGGCCAACUGUCUGACUUUGUUACUGCUAGGCCUGCUGUGGGCCCUGUCCACAAGCCUAUGAGAAAUUAUUUCCAGAAGAUCACAAUAUGGCAGGUUUCUGUGGUGAUGUGUCACAUAUUUAAAUUUUUCUAAAACGCCUGCUGUUUACGAGAAAGAGCAUUAUACUAUUUCAAGAAAUAAUGUAUUUAUAUUUGCAUUACUACAGUAUACAGUAAUGACUUUGUUUUGUCACUUUUAUAGAGUCAUGUAUAUUUGUAUUUUAUUGUUGUUGCAAUUUAGUCAUAUUGAUUGUCAUGUUUGUGAAAGUUAAUGAAAGCAAAAUAUUUUAGGUUAAAACCUUUUGAUACUCUCAGACCUGUCAAAGAUUUAGUAGAUGAAGAGCUGGUGCAUGUCAAAUGUGUAUUUUGCAUGCAGGAUAUACAGCAGAGUGCCUUCAGAAAGUAUUCAUACCCCUUGACUUCUUCCACAUUUUGUUGCGUUCCAGCCUGAAUUUAAAAUGAAUGAAAUAGAUUAAGUCAAGGGGUAUGAAUAUUUUCUGAAUGCACUGUAGAGUAAGUCUGACUGUCCUGUGUGUUCAGGGGAGUUGUUGUGUUUCCACUGAAGUGAUGACAGUCCGAUGAAGGAAUCUAAAGAAUUCUCACCAUUCUAGGCAAGCCAAAUCAGAUUUGAAAAAACCCAUGGUAUUAAAACAUCACUAUUUCCAAGUCUUUCCGGGAAGGCAGGCCUGCAAGCUGCCAAUGACAGCGGCAGAGUGCAGACUAAAAUGAGUCAUGGCUCUGAACAUGUGCAUGUUUACUUCAUGAUAAUUAUAGGCCUAUAAGGGCACAAGGAGAGACCCAAAUGCAGACACAGGAGGCAGAUGGUAGAGCUCCAAUAUUUAUUAUAACAAAGGGAGUAGGCAAAGGCAGGUUUGGGACAGGUGAGAGUUCAUAAACUAGAUCAGAGUCCAAACAGUACCAGGGGAUAGGCAGUCUCAAGGUCAGGCCAGGCAGGGGUCAGAAACCAGAUCCGAGUCCAAGGAAGGCUGUUGGUCAGAACAGGCAGAGUGGUCAGGCAGGUGGGUUCGGAGUCAGUACAUGCAAGGGUUGAAACCAGGAGGACUAGAAACAAACAGAGACUGGGAAAAAUAGGAGCAAGGAAAACCGCUGGUUGACUUGGCAAACAAGAUGAACUGGCACGGAAACACAGGGAUAUAUACACCGGUGAAGACAAUCACAAGGACAGGUGAACCAGAUCAGGGUGUGACAAGGCCAGACAAGAAACGAUGUGGGGAGGUUUACAAAAGCAGCGACCAAGUUUGAUUAAUGAGUCUUCAGACAUGUUUCUUUUAUUAUCACAAUCAUGUUCAGUCACAUCCCCUUUUUUCAGUAUUAUUGUUUUAUGAAUCAGUAAAAAUGAUCACAAGGGCAGCGGUAUGAGUGGUUUAAGUGCUGUAUAUACAGUUUAUUCCAACAACAUGCAGCAGAUGAAGCAGAGACUAAAGCCAGACAAUCCUCUUGCCACGUCCAUGGAGCCAUGUUAGUAGCAGUCUCCUGCUGUCCCUGCUGCUGGUUGAAAAAAACCACAUCAAAUCCACAUGUUCAAUGUAUGUAUAAACACUGAAGGCUGUAAAGCCCAAACAUCUGUGUAUGCUGAUGCAGUGAAAAUAAUUAAAAACAUUGAAUAAUGAAGUAAGCUUUAUGUGACAUAUUUUUGUGUGGACCCAUUACACAUUUUUGAUUGUAUUAACAAUG